AUGGAUGAUGAUUAUUGGAAUUCAUCGUCAGUUACAAAAAAAGUUAGUCAACAAGGUAUAUUCGAUACAGAUGGCAAUAAUACAAUUGAUGAAAGUAUCCUUGGUUCAAGUCGUUCUACACCACCGUUAAAUACAACAGGAGUGACUUCAGCUCGUUAUCGUUCAACAACAACAACAACAACAACAAAUAAUUCACCGAUAACAAAAAAACUAGUAACAAACAAUACUCCGAUACCUACCAAAACAGCGCCAAAUAUUCAACCGAAAAACAACAUUCCUACAUCACAAGUGUCACGUCCUAUCGAUCAAUCCACUGAAUGUAAGCAAAAACUAUGCAUAUAA